CUUGGCUUCGGACGUAGGAGUCCGUCACUCGGUCGUUCUCUCUAGCUUGGAAAUUCGUCAUCUGGUCGACUUCUCCCCCGCAACUACCUCUAUUGCCAGGGAAAUCCGUUUCUGCGUGAUCGCCAUUGUGGUUGGGUGGACCACCUCGCGCGUUGUCUCCGCCUUGUUGAACCGGAGAUCGUCGUCGGACCAGUAACAAGAUACACCAAGCUUACUCGGAGCUUCACCUUGCUUCUGCUUUUGCUUCUGCUUCUUAUCUGGCUCUCCCACUGUCAAUCCCUCUCUAUUUCUUGCCCAUUGACUGCUUCUGCCGUGCUUUGGAUACAUACUUAGCCUUUCCCCUCAUUGUUGUUUGUUGAACCUUUAGUACCUGCAUAACUUGUUUGCGUGACGAGCCUCCGAUUGCAUAGACAUCAUGAAGAUCCCUGCUUCUCUUCUUUCUUUGGCUGCUGCCGCCGCAGCUCAAUCGGUGAUUGAAAGUUCCAGCUUUGGCUUCGGCCAGACGUUAUCAACAGAUGGCGGUGCUAUUUCUGGGUGGCAGACUGGAGGAGAAUCGCACAAUCCCGACAUUCUUUCUAACAAGAUUAUCCUGACACCGCCUUACCCUGGCAACACAAGGGGAUUUGCUUGGUCCCAGACCCCUGUAUCGCAAUCGGAAUGGACUGCAGAGUUCCAAUUCCGAGCGACUGGUCCCGAAAGGGGUGGAGGUAACCUCCAGCUCUGGUAUGCCAAGGACGGCAAAGACAGAAUCGGCACUUCCAGCAUCUAUACCGUCAACCAAUUUGACGGUUUUGCUCUGGUGAUUGACAGUCAUGGCGGAAGGGGUGGCAGUGUGCGCGGGUUCCUCAACGAUGGCACUACAGACUACAAGAGCCACAGAAGCGUUGAUAGCUUGGCCUUUGGUCACUGCGACUACCCUUACCGCAACCUUGGUCGGCCCUCCACCGUCCGCCUAAAGCACACCAAAGCCGUCUUCGAGGUUACUGUCGACGACAAGCUGUGCUUUUCCACCGACAAGGUCGCUCUCCCUACCGGCAACGUCUUUGGUCUUACCGCCGCAACCCCCGAGAACCCCGACUCCUUCGAAGUCUUCAAGUUCGUUCUCCAAUCCGCCGAGUCUGGAUCAGGCAGCACUGUGCCCGUCCAGCAGCAGAACACCAACCAGCAGCCCAUUGCCGCUCAGCAACAGGCCGUUCCUCAACAACAGCAGCAGGCACCCCCUGUCAACACUGACUUCGAGCAGCAGUAUGCCGACCUGAGCAACCGCGUUCAGGGCAUCAACCAAGCCACCGACAACAUCCUUCGUGAACUCGGAAGCCAAGACACCAAGGCCGCCAACCGCCAAGUCGAGCUGCUCCAGAAGCUCGCCAGCAAGGACCAGAUCGCCAGCCUCGACGCCAGACUCCAGAAAAUGGAACAGAUGCUGCAGACCAUCCAGCGUGACCUGGAGGGCAAGGACUACCAUGGCCGCUUCAACCAGCUUCAGGAAACCUUGCGCUCGUCUCACCUCAGCUUGACCGAGAACCUCUUGGGAGUCAUCACCUCCUCCGCCCCGCGCAUGGGUUUCUUCAUCUGCAUGAUCAUCGCCUUCCAGGGUCUUCUUGCCGUGGCUUACAUCAUCUACAAGCGUCGCCGUGCGAACAUGCCCAAGAAGUUCCUCUAAACAUUUUCUCAUCUCUCUUCCCUAUUGUACCUCUACCAACGACCUGAAAUGACCUCCCAGUCAGCUAGUCUGCGGUAACGAACGAUAUCACGAGAAACCCGACAGCGCCGUUGUACGGUGUGGGUGUUCCUUCUCUUCGUUAUCUGAUAAAACCCAUCAUGUGUAACUAUUCUUUUAUCUUAUACUAGCUAACGUUAUAUUAUUUCGCGUUCCUUAAACUUACCCCCCUGGUCUUCUGUACAUGUACAUCUACAAUUACUCUUGCUCGACUUUGAUCUCGUUUACUUUCCUGUGCGAUGAAGCGCGAUAUAGAUAGUCAG